UUCACACUGGACUUUGAAAAAAUAUGGAUUUUCGAAUAUUAUCGAUAAAAUUAAGUUAUAUUUUACUUGGUUUAGUAUUAUUUAGGUGUUCUUUAGCGACUAAUCAUCAAGCAUACGAUGGAUAUAGGAAUGUGUCAAGAGAAUGGAAGCGAAAACUGGUAACGAAAGAAGGCUAUUUUACCAACACUUGGGCAGUUGAGUUAGAGGACCCAGCCGAAGAACACAUAUUGGAUAUAGCGAAGCGACAUGGAUUUUCUGUUUUAGGGAAGAUUGGAGAUUUGCCGGGUCAUUAUCAUUUACGUCAUGAUGACGUAGAAGAGUUUAAUAAAGAACACGAUCGGGAUAGAACCGACCGACUGCUUCUCGAUCAAAAGGUAAGAUGGGCAGAACAACAGAAGAUUCUUCACAGGACAAAACGGGAUGGGAUGCCUUUCGACCCAAAGUUUAAAGAAAUGUGGUAUUUGAUGAACACGGGUCAGACGGGAGGGCCAGUUGGUGUAGACAUUAAUGUUACGCCUGUAUGGAGAAAAGGCAUCACAGGCAAGGGUGUGGUUCUGUCUGUUCUAGAUGAUGGGAUGGAUUAUCAUCAUCCAGAUUUAUUUCCAAACUAUGAACCAAAGUCCAGUCAUGACUUUAACGAUAAUGACCCAGACCCGAUGCCAAGAGAUAUUGAUCCUGAUAACUGCCAUGGAACUCGUUGUGCGGGGGAAAUUGCUGCUGUUGCCAACAAUAGCAUAUGUGGUGUAGGCGUGGCGUAUAAUUCAAAAAUAGGAGGUAUUCGGAUGUUAGACGGCAAAGCAACCGAUGCUCUAGAAGCAAGUUCCCUUGGGUUUGCAAACCAGUUCACCGAUGUCUACAGUAACUGUUGGGGACCCAAGGAUGAUGGCAAGACCUUUGGUAAACCAGGGCCCCUGGCAGCCAAAGCUUUGAAGAUGGGCGCCGAAAAGGGUCGUGGUGGUAGGGGGAACAUCUACGUGUGGGCUACUGGUAAUGGAGGACUGACAGACGAUGACUGUAACUGUGACGGCUAUACCACUAGUAUCUACACCAUAUCUAUAGGCUGCAUUGGUGAUCAUGGCUUGUCUGCUUACUAUACUGAGCUGUGCUCAUCGACACUUGCUGUUACAUUCAAUGGUGGCGCGCAUCGAGAGCGCGAAGAAAAUAAGAUGAUAACAACAGAUCUAAAGAACAAAUGUACAGAGCAGUUCAAGGGAACUUCCUCAGCGGCGCCAUUAGCGGCAGGAAUGGUGGCUCUUAUGCUGGAAGCAAAUCCUAAUUUAAUCUGGCGCGACGUCCAGCACAUCAUUGUGGAGACUGCACAGAUGACAAGCCCAGUAGAGGACGGAUGGAUGGUCAACGGUGCUGGGCACAGUUUCAACCAUAAGUUUGGUUUUGGGCGAUUAGACGCCGAUGCUAUGGUUGAAAAAGCUAAGAUAUGGAAAGGUGUUGGACCUCAGAGGCAGUGUACAGGGGCAGCGGGGAUACAAGAAAGAGAUAUUCCUGCUGGAGGAUUCCUGAGCAUCAACAUCCCAACUACAGGAUGUGAAAAAACACCAGCCGAGAUCAGAAAACUAGAACACGUGGUUUUGACCAUCAGUUUCAUUCACCGUCGCCGUGGAGACGUUAGCCUGUUGCUGACGUCACCAUCCGGGACUAAAAACGAGAUGCUGUCGACACGUCGCUAUGAUGACUCGAAAGAAGGACUUGAUAACUGGGCAUUUAUGACUGUGCACUGCUGGGGUGAGAACCCCCAUGGUAAGUGGACGUUAAAACUGAUCGAUAAUCCACUGAAUGAGAUCGGUGAUCGAGUGGUGGAUGGGUUUGGCACUCUUCAUCUCGAUACAAGUAAACAAGAAACAGAUGUAGAAGACCUUGAGGAACAGGUUAUUGACGAGCAAACCAAACAACAAGCCUCGAAGAUUCAAACCAUUAAACUGAAUAGCCCAAACUUCGACUUUCCCUACCCCCCUGGUGUACGACGAAAUAGCGUCAAAAAACCCAAGGAGAAUGAUUCAACAACGGAAACUGAAGAAAACAUAGUCGACGACCUCUUCAAUCUAACCGAGAGUGAUUCAGCAAGUUUCACUGAAUAUGUCUACGAUAGAAGCAAAAUUGCACGGCCUUCAAACCAACAUACAUUUGAUUCGAACCGCGAGGACAYGGACGACGGAAGUGGAGAUACCGGAAGUGACGAAACACCAGACAACGGAAGUGGAUUAUACGGAAGUGAAUAUAAGGCAGAUAAAGGAACUGGAGUAUUCGUUUUACGAAAACCAGCAAAUCAAAACCGUUUUAUUAAGAAAAAUAGGAAAAAUACAAAUAAGGAGGAACUUGGUACCAAGAAAAGUUUCGUUUCUAAGAAGAACUUAAGUAAUUCCAAGAAAGUACAAGUGGCUAAGCAGGAAACCGCUACCCAACGAGUACAAGUCAACGCGGGCUACGAUAAUCCAACUAUUCCUUGUCUUGCCCAGGGCUGCUCUGGUGUACUACUGAAAUGGGUUUUGACCUUUUAUGGUACUUACGAUUAAUUUAUACAUACUUAUUAAUUGAUAGUUAAUAAAUUAAUUAUUAUGCUUUUAUUAAUUAAAUCGGUGUUCGUCUGCUCGCCUGGAGGACUGGAAAAACACUGACUUUCUAAAACUAUUUUAUGUACAGUUAUAUAACUAUCUUUUCCUAGUCUCUUAUGAGCUAGACCAAAACGAGAUUUCCUGGGUACUAAAAUUAUAUAAUACUCUGCGCAUCAUCAAAAACACGUCACUCGCUAUUUUCGUUUUCAGAGCCCGAGUUUCCUUUGGUCUCCGCUAAAAAGUGAUUGGGUCUGGGCGAAUCCAACUGUUAUUGUUUCUGAUUGGCUGAUACGACAGUAAAAGCCAGUAAUAUCGAUGAAAAUUAAAUUCGUUUGUUUGCGGAGACCAAAAGGACCGCAGGCUCCGCUAUUUAUGUUUAAUGUAUCUAUAUUUGGAAAAAAGUAAUUCACGAGGGAAAGCUGGGUGAUUGGGUAGAUUAGUUGCUCGAAAAUGACGAUCCAAUAGGCGUCUUAGUUUUUUGUAUUUUUAUUGCCAAAAUCUUUAAUACUGUCAUAGAAAGAAUUCAUGGUGGAGUAAGGAGGGAGGGGAGGUAAGGGAUAGUAGUUUGGGUAAAAAUGAUUGGAAUUUCAAACCCUUUCAAAAACUAGUAUCUUUAGAUAAAAGUAAUAUACAUGGGAAGAUAGAACUACCCUCUCCAAGCUUCACUCCCUAUAGGAUAACCAUGGCUACCAAACCUCAGUGAUGCCUGCUUCAAAAUUCAGCCUCGUAAACUCUACAUUCUAGCUAUUCUUAGACCUUGGGGGUUAAUCGACGUUCUGAAAUAGAGGCCUUGCACGGUCACGUGAUGGCAGCCAUGACAGGAGGCAGCACAACAGAGUCUUUUCCUCCUUUUUCCUCAUGUAAAUCAGAUUAGAUUUAAUUGUUUCUCCCUCUUGUUAUGGCUGCCAUCACGUGAUGGUGCAAAGCCUCUAUAGAUCUAAUUUGUCUUGUUCCUUGAUUACAGUCUCUUUUAUACAGUUAGCCACGUAUCAGUGUCUAAAUAUUCACUAAUACCAAUGGUAAAGUAAAGAAUGCACAACUUCAACAAUACAAACACUUUGAAAUUCCACGGACCUUCACUGGAAUGCAUGAAUAUUCAAAGUAACUCCAUACGAAAUCAAGGCUAACUUGUAGAACAAAGUAUUGAUGGUUUUCAACCAUUCCCAAGAUAAUUAAAUAACAAAAGAUACGACGGCCAUGUUGGAGGAUGUAACAAAAGAAUUCAUUGACAAUUCUUUUAAGUUCCUCCAACAUGGCCGCCGUGAAAACCAUCAAUUCGUUGACUCCGUAUGCACGCACGUUGUUACUAUGCAUACUAACACUCGUUAAACAAAGCAACAUCUACUCUGAAUAGAAAUUACCACAUCAGCACCAUUUAAUAUCGUUUAUCAACGGAUCGCUCGCAUAUACCAAACCACGUCUGCAUUCACCUAGGUCACAGAAACCUGUACUUGGUCUCAAGUUGUUAGAAAACAUGAUCCCUUCCAUCCAUUACCAAGAAAUGAAGUAUUAAUAUAUUAUUAAAACAGCAUCAAUUUAUUAAUAAUAAUAUAUACAAGUACUGUAUGGCCGUCAAAGAAGUUGCUCUUGGUCUGUGACCGUAUCGUUGUGUUUUGAUAAUAAAACUAAGAGAACAGUGUUCAUGUA